CGCAAGGCUGACAGAAGGAGCCCAAGUGCCAGUAGGGACGAGGAUCGCACACUAUAACGCUGGUGAGGCAUAUGCCUCUUUAUUCUUAGAAAGCUACCUUUUGGAUUUAAACAUUGUUUUCAAACUUCAGUAUCCGGUUGCGCUUGCAGCGUUCUUCAGCUAUCUUUGUAUUUGGUAAAAUGUAUGUAGCUCAGCCUUUGGUUAACACCGACUGAAGAAAUUACAGUGUUUGAAGUCUGUGAUAGUAAUUAAAAGUAGACUUUAUCUUUGAAUCUUGAACAGUUUCCUUGGUCAUCAUGAGCAAGCAGGAGCGAGUUGUUUGUGUGCAAGUGCCCAAUAAUGAGCAACUCAGUGUUACCGUUGGUGUCAAAGCACUUGGUCAUGAGCUCUUCAGCUGUGUUUGUGAACAACUGAGUAUUAAGGAUCCACACUUUUUUGGCUUGAGUGUUCUUAAAGAUAAUGAGUCUAUUUUUAUUGAUCUGGAACAAAAGCUGUCCAAGUACUUUUCUAAGGAAUGGAAAAAAGAAUCCGUCAAAGGAUUUGGCAAGUCUGGCCCUUUGUUCUGUGUCAGAUUUCAUGUUCAGUAUUAUGUAGGAAAUGGAAGACUAAUAAGUGACAGGACCACCAGACAUCUCUAUUACUGCCUCAUGAAGGAGAAGGUCUUGCAUUCUGAAUGCACCCAUAAAGAAGAAAUCUACUUUCUCCUAGCAGCUUACGCAUUGCAAGUAGACCUGGGAAAUUACAAGAAGACGGUACAUAUUGGAAAGUACUUUGAGCCUGAAGCCUACUUCCCCCGCUGGAUCAUUGUGAAGAGGGGAUGUGACUACAUCCUAAAACAUACACCCAAAAUACAUAGCGAGCAGCAAGGAAGGACAGCCAAGGAAGCUUUACUGAGAUUUAUUAAAGAGUCAUGUCUGUUGGAUGAUGUGCCUGUCCAUUAUUACAGACUUCAUAAGGAUAAAAAAGAAGUCAAUGCCUCCAUUCUCCUUGGGCUAACACUGAAAGGACUACAUAUUUAUCAGGAUUUGAACAAACGGUGUGAACUGCUGUAUGAUUUUCCAUGGUCAAAUGUUGGCAGGCUUACAUUCUUGGGGAAGAAAUUUGAAAUCCUGCCAGAUGGGUUACCCUCAGCUAGAAAACUGGUUUAUUACACUGGGUGUCCCUUCAGAUCUAGACAUCUUCUGCAUCAUCUCAGCAAUACUCACCGGCUGUACCUCAAUAUUCAGCCAGCACUGAAGCACAUUCGGAAAAUUGAAGAAGCUGAAGAGAAGAAGUGUUACAGAGAGUCAUACAUCAGUGACACCCUUGAAAUGGACUUGGAACCCCUGGACAAGCAGUCAGAAGACAGUAGGAGUAGCCAGGGCAGCAACAGGAACCACCGAGUCUCCCUCCAGUCUAUCAGCAGCCAUGGCAGUUCUGGCAUUGAGGCUGACUCCCGUCACCAAAUGUCUGUGGAGAUGACAGUAGAUGAGCCUUUCUCUUUAGAGCCUACCCACAAGUCUAUGAAAUCUUUCAGCUCUGUCAUCAGUCAUGGAAGCUCACACACCUCAGGUAUCGAGAUGUGCAGCAAAGACCGCACUGAAGAUGACUUGCAGGAUGAUGAGGUUGAGCUGGCAGUGGAUGGACCUCAAGAGCCAAUUGCAGAUGAACCAUUUAAGAUGAGCCAGCUUUCUGAGCAGAUGACAGAGGUGUCAGUGGACCCUCCUGAGCUGCCACAAGAAUUCAGUUGGAAGGAGACUCUCUGUAAGCCCGUUAUUCAUGAGGCACAGGUCACAAUAAGAAGUGCAGAGUCCCUUCAUCAGGCAGAGAAGUCCAAGCCUAAGAGUUCCCCAGAUAGACACAGCCAAAGUCUGGAUGACAUUCGUCUCUUUCAACAGGAAACCCCAUUAAGUUCUUGCCUUAACUCUGAAACUUCCCAGAGUUACACAUUUGGUAUAAAGAAUCAACAUGAGAAGGAAAACCAAUAUGGCUGCACAUACUCCACAAUCGAUUGUGAGACAAAGUCAACUUUCUAUGGAAAAAGGUCAAUGAACUGCCUUUCACUUGACUUGUUAGGAGAGGAAAAUUUUCUUGAAUUUGUAGUAUAAUAGCACCAUUACCCAAGCUGUAUUGGUCUCAUUGCUUGACUCUUCUCCGUUUGAGUGAUCAAAAGAGAAUACUUCUGGGCUAUCUGCAAAUGGACAGUAUGUCCAAGGAGGACUCAGUGACACUCAUAUAUACAACCUGUGCCUCACAAGUGAAGGAAAUCUUUAUCUUAUAUACCUCAAACCUUACUGGAUAAGUAUUAUCUGCAUGUAUAUUAAAUAAGAGGGUGUAAAGUAUAAUACUUUUUCAGUUGUAGAUUCAAGACUGUAUAUUUUGGGGAAUAUUCCCAUCAACAUUCCAAUUUAUUUAUUCUUUGAGCAAAUGAAGAAAACCGAACAACUAGUACAAAGCAAUUUGUUUUUAAAGCACAAUAGAUAUUUGCCUGAAAUACUGCUGGGAUGCAUGUUUGAAAUGUAAAAACAGUGUAGCCCAUUUGUCAUUAUGUCCAAAAAGUCUCCUAAAUGAUCAUUCAAAAAGUAUAGAAAAAUAAAAUUAUGAGCUAAAAUAUAGGUUUUAGGAUUGAUUAAAGACUUUUGUAAAUUAUAUGUAGUACAAGUGGUAUGGAUUACUAUGAGCAAGUUAGAGGAUGGUGAGGAUGUGAGAUUAGAAGGUUGUUUUAGUGGGAAAUGCAGUGUGCAUGAAAACGUAAAAUGUGUAUGCCAAAGGAGAUCUGAUACAAUUAGAAGUGCAACCGAGAAAGAAUAUGUUAUAUAAUGUGAAUGGAACUUUUGUACAAGCUCUACUAGUUUAUGUUGCUGUCUUGAACAGAGUGUAAAUGGUCACAUAAAUUAUGCUUCAUUUUAGAAUUUUAGUACUGUAGUACCUGGAUAGAUACUGCAAUAAGGCAUAGGCACAACAAUCCACAUUGUUUAUGUACUGCAAGAUGCAGUAUCUAAAGUUUAGUUUUAGAGUUCAUGUUGCACCUUAUACAGUACUUCAGUGCAUAUUAUACAGCUUGGUGCAUUACUGUAAAAAAAAUCUGCUUUUGACAGUAGGAUGUGACAUCUCAAUUUGCUCCUGUAGUCUGCAACUACAGCUUCCCCAUGUUUGAUCUGCACUGUUGUGUAUCCAGUUAACUAAUACUUUGUUAUUACCACCUUUGCCUCAUGGAUCCCUCCCUCUAUUCCAGUAGCCCAUUGACCUAGUUUCUUCCAUUUCAUUUUGCACAAGAGAUUCAAGCCAUGAUCUUAACAGGGUUUGUUUGGAUUCUAUAGUUUUCUGUCCGACCAAACUUUUAAAUUUGAGACCAGUGUCCACUUUAAGUCUGACAUUUGUAUAUUGAAGUGUCUAGUUUCUCCUUUUCUGUGCUCAAGUUUCUCUUUUGUGUAUCUAAGUUGAGAAACGUCAUUUAAGGGAUCAGAAAGACUGUUUGGGAUGCUGGAGAAAAGGCUGUUUAGUAGUGACACUGUACAAUACAUGUUAGUGAGUACUAUAAACAAGGUCACAGGUCUGAAGGUUGACUCACAAAUUAAUACCAUCCUGGUAAUUUACAAUGACACUUUUGUAGCUGGAUCCCUAAUAUAAGAUAUUACUUUUAAAUUGAGUGCAUUUUAUUGUAGAAAAAACAGUAAUGUCUUUUUCAGAAAGUUAGCUGUAGAUUGUCCAUGGAUCAUAACUUUACACUGAGGUUUUUCUUAACAUUAAAAACAAAUAUUUUAAUUGCAAACGUUUAUACGUCAUUUUAAAUAUCCAUAUUUUUUGAGAGUAAAGUGUUUUUGUUUUUUUUUUUUUAUUCCUUUAAAUAUCCUUGGUGUCAGUAAGAAAAAUGUCCCUCUUUCUGAUUAACAUUUAAAGGUACUGUAUGUGCGUCACUACACACUCCAUAAGAGGGAUUAAUCCAUCUUCUAACCCCACCCCUUAUCCAGAGCAGGCUCACAGGGAAGCUGGGACCUAUCCCAGCAUGCAUCUAGUGCAAAGCAGGAAUAGGCAUAACCAUGGACAGGGUGCCAGCCCAUUGCCAAGUGAACACACACACACAUCUGGGCCAAUUUAGCACUGUCAUUGUCAUUUCACCUAAACUAGAUGUCUUUGGAGUACAGGCAGAAAACAUGCGGACACAGGGAGAACCUGCAAACACCACGUAACAAGCACGCAGAUUCAAAACCCUGGUGUCCUAGUUGUGAGGUAGCAGCCUCUGCCACCGUCCCACCUAGGAGGAAUUAUUAAUAUAUUUGAUAAAAUAAAUAUGCAACCUGUCCAGACCUGUCAUGGAUUUCUUUCUUUACUGUUUUAAUCUCUACUUUCCAAAUUUAAAAAAAAUAUUUUCAGUAUAGAAUACAUACUGAUAUGAUUGUAUUGUUUAUGUGGAUUUUUUUUUUUGCUUUCGCACAGAAGACAUCAUCUAUUAUAAAUAAAGUCAGUUAUCACUGAUAAUGAUGAAAUGAAAAUCAUUUUGAAAAUAGAGAAAUAUUUAUAAAUAUUUUUUGUAUUGUCUUCAUUAUAACACAAAUCCAUGUUCAAGGUGAGGCAGGCCACAGUAAUCAUUAGUAUAUGAUUUUUGUACUUGUCUCUUAGCUUUAUUUUAUCAGUGUUUCACAAUAAUUUUACAAGAAUACAGACAGCACCCUGCAGUCUUACACACUAACUAAUACAGAACAGGAUGGACUUUAUACAUUUCAGUAAAGAUAUCAACUUCUGAGUAAUUCAUCAUCAGUGCUAAAACAAUAAAGUGGAGUAUCCAGUUGAAGUGAGCAUACCAGUGAAAGCCAUCUCAAUAACCGAUGGACUUUAAUGAAUGCCUACAGACAGUAUGGCCUUCCACAAGUGGGGAUUAAUAUUAUGGAUGUAAUGUUACGGAUGCUGUCUGAAAGUUAAAACACAUGUCAAUAUAUGAUGACAAGAAACAAAUAACAGUCUGUUCAAGAAUUUGUAUUUUAGGAAAAAGAUAAAAAGUAAAUGUUGCACUUUUCCUACAGUGGAUCGCUGCCCUGUCCGAUGUUUGCUGGGAUCGGCUGCAGCUUUCCAGUAACCCUGCUCUGAAUAAACAGAGUAGGAAACUGGACAGAUGGAUGUUGCAUUUUUCUCCUUUUUUAUUUUAUAUGACUUUAUUUUCCAAAAAUGUAUUCAAGAUUUUAACUGUGGUACUGAUUUAAUAUACCAUCAUACACUGUACAUAAUAUCAAGGGAGCUAUUAAAUCAGUGACAUUGUUCAAAAUGAUAUAAUUACAUAAAAUGACAACCAAUAAUUUAGGCCUUGCAUACUGUAACUGUUAUAUUUAGUUAACAAAGAUAUGAAGGAGAUUUCCUGUUGUCUAGUGGAUACAAUACCCAGAUGAUUGUAGCUCACUGUUUUUUCCCCUCUUAUUGCAGUAUGCUCUUUUGGGUUGAACUUUUGUCGGACUAAAAGUUGAGAGUGAACUGAUGCUUUUAUUCCUGUGUCACUUUUUAUAGUCCUGUUUAUAGUGAUUACACAACAUGGAUCCUCAUGCUCUUCCAUUGUCAGGCUUAUAUCCUUGUACGUAAGGCGGCCAUUCAGGGCCUUGUCUUUAGUUUAAUGUCUGAGAAGGGAACAAAAAAAAACAACUCUGAGGCAUCCGCAGCUUUUAGUUCUUCUUUCCUCCGUCGUCUUUCCUGUGCUCACAGUGGUUCAGGAGAAGAUGCCGCUAACUUUAACAACACAUUUGAGCAGAAAUGUCAUGUGUGUGAGUAAACUUACAAUGAUCACUGACUGUAUUAUCUAUUAACAAACAGUCAUGUCUCUGUGUGAAUGUGAACAUGGUGUUACUUGCCUUACGUGCUUGUUCUUUUUUUCAUGUACAAUAACCACUGCUAUGUGUGUUAAAUUCUUGAUAUAAAGGAGUUUCCCUGCUUAUGUUUCCUUGGUGGUUUUCACCAGCAGUGUAUGUACAUUCUGUGUAUACAUAUUGCUUUUUUAAGACUUUUUUAUUUUACACAUUACUAUUUUAUAAUUCUAAUGCCUAUAUCAUGUAUAUUUACUUCUAUUAAACAAAUUGCUCUUAUUGUCUAUUUAAACAGUAUUAAACUGAAGGUUGAGUAUUGUAAACAAAUUUUCUUAUGUAUACAAUGUAUUUUUGUACAAUAUUGUACAUCUAUUCUGCAUCUUCUACAAUAGCUACCCAGUAAUCUAUAAUAUGAUAAGUUAGAGAGUAUUUAAAAAAACUGUUACUUAUAUUAGGUUCAAUACACAAGAAAUGUUUCAGUCAUCCACUCUCAGUUUAUAUAUAUAAAUGUAUAUAUUUUAUUUACAUAUUUCCUUUCAAUGAAAGGAACACUUGUGAUAUUGUAUUUCAAAAAUAAAAAUUCACAAAUUGUAUCCAUUUUAAGUAUAUUGUUC